CAUGAUAGUUUGGUCGAUUUUAAAAUGUUUCAACUUCCACAAAAAAUCCAAGCGUUGUAUUUUCUCAGUGUUUUCGUUCCAAUGGAGAAUUGGCCUUCUGUAUCACAGUAUGCUUUGGUACUUGAGGUAAUUGCCUGCUAAAGCUGGGAUGGAUAACACCAGUACCUCGGUCAGUGCUGCAGUUACCAGUACCUGGUCCUUGUAUAACUAACCAUGCUAGUGAAUUUUGUACAUUAAGUGUAGAAAUUUUUCAAAAGAUCUUUGUAUGUCAUACAUGAGCUUCAUGAUGGUUAGUCUGUGGUGCCAAAAUGAUCAUUAGGGUAUUUCGUGUUGUAUGAUAUCUAACCAGGCAUAUAUGCUAAGAUGAGAAUAUGAUGUUUUCUUACAAGUUGUCAAUGCCACUAAAAUUCAGAUUACUAGACCAUUGGGGCAUUUUGCUUUUGGGACAUAUUAUUACAUUGUUGAGAGUGUUGAGCAUAUCACAUUACCAAACACUGCUUUGGACAUCAGGUGCCAUGAUUGACCUUUUCAAAGGGAAGUAACCUAGGGUCAUGGACAAUAGAAAACAUGGUAGCUGGGAAUCAUAUUUCUUCCCUUCCAAUCCCUAUCCCAUGCUCUUUACAAAUUUAAUGCAGUUUCCUAAAGCACCUGUUUAUGUUUUUUGGUUCACAGUCAAACCAUGGAUGACUACUUUACAGAACGUCAGUUAAAGCUGAUCCGUGAUAAGUUGAAUGCAGAGAAGAUCAAGCUAUGGUUGGCCCCAUAUACUUCGGAAUCAGGAGAAAAAGGGGAUGUUCCAAAGGAACUGAUUGACAGAUAUGCCAAAGAUCUGGGACUUGCAGAUACCGAAGUUGUUGAGUUGUUGGAAUCUCUCAGACAACGUGCUCUUCAAAAACUUGCUGAACGAGACAAAUUUCAGAAGGAAGGCAUAGCGACUUUGAAAAUGAUUGUCACUGGCUGCCAAACAGAAGAGGGUUUGAGGAAGCAAGCUUAUACAACAGAAAUCCAAUUAAGUUCUGAUGGAUCUGAGUUGCGGAAGAAGGUGGCACAAAAGUCCAGUGUUCCUAUUGACCAGAUCAAGCUCAUCACCUGUGGUCGUGUCAUUAAAGAUAACGCUUCCUUACAAGAACAGAAUGUUAAGAAUGGAUCCAAGGUGAUGGCAGUGCGGCUAUCUGUUGCUGAGGCAGAGGCACACAGGCAACAGAAGCAGGCCUCUAAUGUUGCCAGAACGCGGGAAGCAGCAGAACUUCUCACAUCCAAGAUAGACUCGGAAGAAGAUGACUUUGACAUCCAAAUUGCUGACCAGUCUGGGAAACCAUUACAGCUGCCUCUGGAAGAGAAGAAGGCCCUGACCCUUGCUAUGACACUGCAUGAGAAGGGGCGUGCAUCACUGAAGAAUAAGGAGGUAUCUCAAGCUUUGUUGUUGUUCCUGGAAGCUGACACUGAGUUUAGCAAGUGCAAGGCUGAACUACUGAAUGCUGUUGACAACUAUGCUGUACUGUGUCUGGAUAUCGUGUGGUGCUAUCUCUGUCUCAAGAAUGUGGAUCAGCUUCCUGAUGCAGAAUGGAGACUUGAACAGAGUGAAAAAUGUUUCCUCCGAAGUUAUGGUGCUAAUAAUGAGCGUCUGACAGCAGUGAAGGGUGGGACAGGGAGUGAACAAGCCCAGGCCUUGUUCAUGAGGCUCCAUCUCCUGCAAGGAGUCAUGGCCUUCCACCAACAUCGAGUCAAGGUUGCAGCCGAACUCUUAAACCAGGCUGAAAAAGAGUUGAAGUCUUUACAAGUGGAUGAAAAUCUCAUCACUGAAGUGAUGACUUUUGGCUUCAAGGAGAAGGAAUCUCGACUUGCUCUCAGGGCAUGUAAAGGGGAUGUCCAGCAAGCCGUGGACCACAUCAUCAACAGGAGGAAGGAGAAGAAAGAUAUGAAUAUGAAGCUGAAUCAAGAAAGGAAAGAAAGGAUGAGAGCCAAAAAGUUUGGGAAAACUGCAAGUGGGGAGUGGCUGAACAUGCAAAACAUGGACAUGUUGGUUGGUAUGGGGUUUGGCACUGGUGCUGCUGCGGAGGCUCUCAAACAGGGUAAUAAUGAUGUCAACAUGGCUCUGGAGAUUCUACAGACUCAUCCAGAGCUGUUUGAAAUAACUGACCCAGAGGACGAGUGGGAGGAUGUGGAUGUCACAGACGAUAUGUUGGCUCAGCUAACAGCCUUGGGUUUUGAGUUGGAGAUGGGCCGUCGAUCACUGCUGAAACACAAAGGGGAUGUUGAGAAGGCUGUUGAUGACCUUAUCAGAUCUGGGGGCUUUAUAGCCCCCAAGGCCUCCAAGCCAGGUCCUUCCAGGAACAGAGAGAAUCCUCAAGAAAAGAAGGAGAUGGAAGCUCUGGACAAUCUGAUGUCUGACAUUUCCAGGGACGAGGAGGACUACCUUGACCUCACAUUGAAAGAGGAAUCUGAGAUUCUCUGUGAAUACAAAACCAUGCUUGCCAGUCUGGAUGUGUCAUAGAUACAUAUCUGGGACACAUAUAUGUGACAAGUCAUUUACAAAAUUUGUUUGUAUUCAUUCUAAAGUUGCAUUAUUUAAAAACCUUAAUUGAAUUAGGCCGAAUUAGUUUGAAAUUAUUAAAUAUCAAGAAUGUGAAGAGGUGGCAUGAUCUUCCAUGGCCUUCCUGAAUGGGGUGAUUAGAACAAAAGGUUAAUCAUCGGCUUAUGUUUUGUGAUUAAUUUGUCAGGAACUUACAACUCUCUGCACAGUACAAGCAAAGCCAAGGGUACUGACUGGAUCUAAAUGAAAAGUGAUUCUUAAUUCAGCUUACAGUUUCUUGACUUUUAUUUGCAAGACUACUGGCAGUCAUCAGAAACCAGACCAACAUGGUUGAGCUUGAUUUGUGAUGUAUUUUCAGUAUGGGUGCAUGAUCAAAUGAAAAGGCAGCUAUUCCUACUUGACAGUUGAACAUUUAAUCAUUCAAUCCUUCAAUCAGAAGAAAAAAUGUGUGAUGAUAGUUUGGGAAGGUGGUAGUUUCAAUAAAUCAGUUUCUGAUCCAUAUGGUUCAAGAUUUGGUGUCUGUAUUCACUAGAACAAUUCCCAACUUGAUCCAUAUGGUUCAAGAAUUGGUGUCUGUAUUCACUAGAACAAUUCCCAGCUUUUGUUUCAUAAAACAGUACAAACUUGUGUAAUGACCUCCAUCACGAAGUCCAUGAUCUGAACAUCAGUAAACAUCAAUGAUGACAUUAGGUUCAAUAUUAAGGUGUCCAGGACCCAAAUGUGAAAAUAUAGAAAAUAAAGAUAAAGCCCUAUAUGUACAGAAGUAUGUAUCUGUAUUGAACAAACUUUAUGGAUAACAACUUCUUCUUGUAUGUUUUCAAAGUUUCUUCAAUAUUGUACUUCCCAACUUUUGCCACUCAAAGACGUAUGUUUCUGGUUGUGAAACCAUGGAACCAUUUAUGUGUAUUAUUGAGUUUCUGACUAUUGCGUUACUAAGCCAAUUGAAAUUCCCAGCAAUCAAUAAAUUCAUUGGAACAGAGUUAUACAUACAUCAGGCCACGAUAUUUCAAAUAUAGUGUGGUUGGUUUGUUUAUUGGUUGUGGAUGUGACAUGUUUGGGAUAUACAACGAACCAUGAUUCUACAUGGUUUGUGCCGAUUGAUUGGACAGUAAGUUUCCAGAUAUCAUGCAUACAUGUACCUACAAAUUGUGUUUCUCAUAUUUAAACUGUGACCAUUUGAUUUCACAAACAAUUUUAUUUCUUGUUUGGAAAAUUUAAAUGCCUAUAAGUAUCAUCCUUUUGACAACAAGACCAUUUAGAAAGACUUCCUGCAGGGAUUUUCUAAGGUUGGUUUGUAUGUGACGCACAAUGUAUUAAUGUACCUAUGCAAAUGUCUUACAUCUUAAUGUAUUUUUGUUUAUACCUCUGUCCAGAAUAGUUGAUAGGAGCAUAUUGAUAAUAAAACAGACACACCUGAUAAA